AUGGCAGGCUUUAUCGAAUUUUACAUCUCAUGCAACCCUCCGUUGUUACCUGAAGGAGUCUCCUUGGUCAUGACAGAUCUGCAAGACUCUCUGGGCCCCUCGAAAGUCCUCGAGAUUCUCUAUGACCCCCAAGUACCGUGGUUCAAGGUCAUCGCCUAUGUCGAAUACCAAGCCGAGAUACUCCGAUGGAUGCAGUCUCGGUUGGAACAGCUACUCGAAGAAGAAGCCGGUGCCAUUGACCAAGACGCUGAUCAAGAGGAUGAGCUUGACAUUGGGGGAUCCAAGGUUCAGCCAGACGUCGAGGUCCUGGCAGACAAGCCUCACAUUGUUUCAUGGCCAGUGUACUCUGAGGGAUUGGAGGCCAGCGUGGGAAAAUACGACACCUUCCGAUUCCCUCAGCACAUCCAAGAACUCCCCCACAAAACAGUAUGGAGAGGCCUCGAAUGUGUUGAAGGGGCUACCAUCUCAGAUUUGACUUCCAAGUUCGACAUCUUAUGGCCGGCCUUGGACUCCAGGGCCAGUUUGCGGAAGCUUGAAGAUCCUGGGAAUCUUCAGGUGACAUACAACUGCACCGAGACUCUGGCCUAUAUUGGAACCGAAAGCGAUGCACAGUCCCUGGAAACCGCGAUACGGAAGCUUGACACGCUCCUGAGCUUCAUGGAUGCCCCCUUCACCAAGGAAUCGCAUCUGAUACUCGCAGAAGCGGCACGCCCAUUUCGAGUUUCAUACCAGUGUCUAACACAUACCGGUCUUUCGAACUUGACAUACAUGGACCCCACCAUCACUUUCGGAGCUGAUCAAGAGCGCAAGCUGAUCGAAGGAGCCGCAUCUUUGAGAGUUGUAACAGCAGAUGCCAGGGGCCGCUUGAGUCUCGACCCGACCGUGUACCCUUUGGAGCACAAAUUAGCCAAAGACCUAAAGCUCGGAUUCAGUCCGUUUGUUCACUAUGAGUACACGAACAAACGCCCCAAUAUUUCAGCUUCAACAGAGAUUCGGAGUAUCCAUCAGACCCGUCGACAGCAGCAGGUGCUCAAGAAAACCGCACAGCCCUCACCGCAUACCGUCAAGACACCCAAAGAAACGAGCAGAAUCUCCAAGAGACUUGCUAACAUCAAGAACGAAGGAUACGAACCCAAGAUACUCAGUUCCGCGACCGGCAAGAACAAAGUACAGAAAGAGACUGGGUUGGAGGGAAUUCUCUUCUCAGAAUUACGUGGCGAUUCCUGGCAGGGCUCAAGGUCACCACUUCCAACCGAAACUUCAGUGGCAAACUGGAUCGACGGCAUCGAGCUUAAUUACGCUAAAGGGAGUCUGGAACUGAUCCCCGGCCUUUCAGAGGGAAAUGAAGUUCAGCAUGAUACCACCCCUGAUAUGACUGCCUCGGCCAUGACGCUCGCUGGUGGUGCUCUUCUUGACCUGAGAUCAGAAGAUCUUCAAACUGGUCUCGAACAAACUCCCAAAAACAGCGAGACACAGCACUUGGAACUGCUCAAUUUUGAAGAAACGGUUCCCUCUCGUCAACCUGUUGGUGCUCGGACACCAAGGCUGAGGCCCGGGGACGAUUAUAUCCCAAAUCUAUUGGAUUCGGAGUCCCCUGUCAAGGAAUUCCAUGGGAUGUUUGCUCCUGUUGACCCCUUUACCCUCGCGAUGGAGACUGGCCUAAAUCAAGGUGGCAACACAUGUGAGAAACAAAAAACAUUGCCGCCAGGAGAGAGUUUGAUGGACUAUCUCGACUGCCAUGUCCACACACCUGCCCUAAUGGAUUCCAUGGACAGAUGCAAGCAAAACUCUCAGUCCGGGAAGGAAAACAAGUCGGCAGCGGGUCACAGUUCCGGCGUGGUAUUUAGAAAGCAGGAAGACGCUACCAAAGAAUUCUUCCAGACCAUGAGGCAAAAAGCGGCCUCCCGUCCUACCUGGGCCAGUAUCGCUUCGAAGGAGAAACCUGCGGAAGGGCAAAACGAGGAGGCUCCUUUUGGCCCAAACGUUCGAGUUUCGACUGUCCCGGCGAUUCCCAAGCCAGCAGGUUCAGAGAAGGAGAAUCACACUCGUGUCAACGCCAUGGGAUCUCAAACCUUUGUGGAAAAUGAGCCUCCAUCCCAAAACGAUGAUCCAUCUAGAGGAAUGAGCCUGGGGUUGGCGACAGUUUCGAGAGAUACCAGCCUACGGGUCAGUGCCACGCGAGCUGUCCCAGGGAUGGACCUGGUGACUCCAGAUUUCAUGGAAGGCAUCGAAGUGGUUGCAAAGGCUGAAGGAAAACUUCAGGAACUGGUAAGGAUUCUACAAGUCACGCCUGGUCUGGUUCGUCUAGAAGCAAAGUUUGGCAGGGUGUGCUUCAAGAAUCAGCCGCCAUCCUUGGUCAACAUUGGGCAAGGUCCUGCUUGGUCGUCAGAAUCAGUGUUGGACAGACUCAACAGCAACGAACAUGAGAGUCAGGGCACCGUUGGCUUCUACACGAUUCUGACGACCAAUGGCGCGGAAGCUGAUCUGCUUUCGCAGCUGACUGCUGGUAAGACUUCAUGGGUGCUCAGCGAAAAACAGGUCUACUAUGAAAUCGUCUGCAAAUCUCACGACGGGGCGACUUCCCUUGUGGUCAAGGUGGACGCCGAUACCUUUGAGUACGAAUGCCUCCCCGCAACUCAGGAGCUGUCUCAUCUGUAUGUUCACUGCGCCAGACGGGCUUGGGACGUCAAAUUUGCGAUUAGCCGGGUGGACAUGGAGGCGGUACCUGAAGCCUUCAAGCUCUUUGCGAGGUCAUUGGUUCACUCAAUGAGCAUCUCGACAAAGAACACAGGGGAGAUCGAAAUCGAGGCCGACCAGGAUGCUAGGCUUGGAUGGCAAAUUGAGAGAAUCAACAUUCGACAUUUGGCAAAGUAUCAGAAUGGGCCCAAGGGCCGCAGCUGCUUGACAAUCACAAUGACACGUAUCGUCAAGAAGUUUGCAAACGCGUCAAACAAGCACAAGACCAAAUUCCGAGGUCAAACAGUUCCUACGACGCCACCUGGAAAGGGAUCACCUACACAGUGGUUCGAGGCUCACAUUUCGUCUACGCGGGCAGAGGAACUCUUUGAGGAAAACUUGGGCCUGGUGUUUGGGGAAAGAACGCAUUGGACGGUCGAAAAGCUCAUGGAAGAUGGUGUUUUGUCGGCUCUCUGCGAGCCCGCGUUGAGAAUGGUGACAAAAAUGGACCAUAUCGGCGAGUCAAACAGCACCUCGCAGGGCUUUCGGACGACUGGAGGGCAGGCCUAUGGCACGAUUGACAGUACUAGAGACGGGAAGCAAGAGUACCAGUUCUGGUAA